AUGGGUGGAGGUAUUGCAGAGCAGCCCAAGGGCAUUUCCCUUCAGGAAGACGCCUCGCGACCGGACUAUAUCAACGAGGCUGUCUUUAGAAGAAACACUCUUCCCACACGAGCAUACCAUAUUCCUGAGACGUCAAUCUCACUCAACGGAACAUGGGACUUUUCCCUCUCAGGAACAGCCAUUGAAGCUCCCGAGCCCAGCUCAAAAGACAUCACAUAUGAACCAAUUCAAGUUCCGGGCCACUGGCAGCUCCAAGGCCACGGAAAGCCAUGGUACACCAACGUCCAGUAUCCCAUUCCCGUCUGCCCACCAUACGUUCCCACCGAGAACCCUACGGGAUCGUAUCGUCGGGACUUUCACAUCCCGGCAGGAUGGGACGCAGAUUCACAGCUCAGACUGCGCUUUGACGGUGUUGACAGCGCUUAUCACGUUUUCGUGAACGGUACCCUGGUUGGGUAUGCCCAAGGCUCUAGAAACCCGUCGGAGUUUGACAUCUCCGCUUUCGCGAACCGCGAGGGUGCAAACGAGCUGUUUGUGCGUGUUUACCAGUGGUCCGACGCUACCUAUAUCGAAGAUCAAGACCAGUGGUGGCUUUCCGGGAUCUUUCGUGAUGUCUAUCUCAUCUCCUUCCCAGCUGCGCGAAUUGAUGACUUUUUCGUGAAGCCUGAUCUUGACAGCAGCUACAAGAACGGAACACUAACCACCUCGGUCGACAUCUUUACUGACAAGGCCGCUGUCCUUGAACUUACGCUAUCCGAGCUGGCUAAGAACGGUGGGGCUGUGAUCAGCUCUACCAAGACCACUGUCGACGCAAAGUCAAACAAGAUCGACCUGAAGCUUGAAGUCGAGAAUCCCGAGAAGUGGACUGCAGAGACACCAUAUCUCUACUCAGCUGAGCUCACACUCAAGUCCGAAGACUUAAAGACCGUGCUCCACACUGUCCAGCAACGUGUGGGAUUCCGAAAGGUUGAGCUCAAAGAUGGUCUUAUGACUGUCAACGGAAAGCGCAUCCGCCUUCGGGGUGUUAACCGUCACGAGCAUCACCCUCUUCUAGGCAGAUCCGUACCUAUCGAGUUUGCUAAGCGCGAUCUCCUCAUCAUGAAGAAGCACAACAUUAACGCCCUUCGUUGCGCGCAUCAGCCCCAUGACCCGCGUAUCCUAGAUCUGUGCGACGAGUACGGCCUUUGGGUUAUGGCUGAGGCUGAUCUCGAGUGUCACGGUUUCUACGAUGCUGUUGCGCGACCUCUUGACAUUCCUGAGUCUAUGGACUACGGCGAGCGAAAGAAGCUUGCUUUUGGAAAGGCUGCACAGUUCACCUCUAACAACCCCGACUGGAAGGAGGCUUAUCUCGACCGUAUCAAUGCAGUGCUCAACCGUGAUAAGAACCAUGCCAGUGUUAUUAUCUGGAGUUUCGGCAACGAGGCUUUCUAUGGUGAUAACCACAGGGCGAUGUUCAAGUACGCUACUGAAGCUGAUCCCUCACGAUUGAUCCACUAUGAGGGAGACGAGCAGGCUGAGACUACACAUAUGUACAGUUACAUGUAUCCCACAGUCGAACGCCUUAUCAAGUACGCCAAGGAGGAAGGUGUCAAGGAUGGUAAGUUCGAGAAGCCUAUCGUGCUCUGCGAGUACGGCCACGCUAUGGGUAACGGUCCCGGCUGGCUCGAGGACUACGAGCAAGCCUUCCGUGACUACCCCCGUCUCCAAGGUGGCUUCAUCUGGGAGUGGGCCAACCACGGUUUGUGGAAGGAUGAUCACGAAGGUGAUGGCUACUAUGCUUACGGCGGUGACUUUGGUGACACUCCCAACGACGGAACCUUUGUUAUGGACGGUCUACUGAACAGUCAGCACGAGCCUACGCCUGGUCUUGUCGAGUUCAAGAAGGUCAUUCAGCCUGUUGGAUUCUCGUACUCUGAUGGCGAAUUGAAGAUCGAGAACCGACAGGACUUUGCUGGCCUGGAGAACUUGACCGCUUCCUACAAGAUCGAGCAGCUUGGACAAGAGGCAACCUUGAUUCAGUCUGCAUCCUUCGAUGUUCCUGAAAUCCCAGCUGGCGAGACAAAAUCUGUCUCUCUUCCAGUUGACGAUAAGAAGUUCAACAAAGACGGCGAGGUUUACCUGACCGUUACUUUGUCCCUCAAGCAUUCAACCGCUUGGGCUCCCUCGGGUCACGAAAUCGCUUGGUCACAACACCAACUCCAGGCCCCUCAGACGUCUACCAAGGCUACCUCAGUCGCAAGCAACACUCUUUCCUCCAAGCUCGACGUUUCUGAGAAGACAUCUACAGUUACAAUCUCUGGCAAAGACUUUCAGUUCACCUUCAACCGUGCUUAUGGUACAUUGAAGAGCUGGAUCUCCAACGGCAAGACAGUGCUUGACUUUGACCCGAAGACUAAGGCCGCCAUCAUCCCAUCCUUCUGGCGACCCAAGACCGAUAACGAUGUUCCUGGAGCUGUUCCAUACUGGGAGCGAUUCGGUGUUGAUCAACUCGAGUCUCAACUUCGAUCCUUCACUGUGGAUUCCAGCUCAGAUAAGGUUGUUCUGAAAUCAAAGACCUUCAUCACUCCCCCUGUGCUUUUCUGGGGUUGGGACUGCGAGAUCGAGUACACGGUGUACCUGAAUGGUGCACUGGCUGUUAAUGUGACCCGUCUCUCUCCACAAGGCUCUGCUCCCGAUCACGUCCCCAGAAUCGGUCUUAACCUUUGGGGAAGUAAGACGCUCGAACACGUCAAGUGGCUCGGCCUUGGACCUGGAGAGAGCUACUCCGACAAGAAGACCUCUCAGCGCGUAGGCAUCUGGAACGUCGAGUCCAUCUCCGACCUCCAGGUUCCAUACGAUGUUCCCCAAGAGAACGGAAACAGAGAAGAUACACGAUGGGUAUCACUGCGAGACUCCAAGUCUCCCAGUGUCGGUCUUCGUGCGAGUCGCUUAGACGGAGCACACUUUAGCUUCUUGGCUUCUAACCAUAGAGACACAACUAUCCAGGACGCAAAGCAUCCUCCUGAUCUGUUUGAGGAAGACGCUGUGUUCAUCAGGCUGGACCACAAGGUUGCUGGAGUUGGAUCAGGUGCCUGUGGACCUGCUGUUCGCGAGGAUUUGAUGGUUAAGACUGAGGAGACUACUUUCGGGUUCUUAUUGGAGCCGCUAUGA